AUGUUAAAUCAAUAUACUACACCUCCAAGAAUACCUAAGCCUUCACCUCUUCCUUAGAAUUAAGAAUAAUUAUUGCAUGUUGUACUUCAUGAAAGACAAAUACAAUAACAAUAACGUUAUUAUACUCCUUAAAUUCACAGAGCCCCAUCUUAAUAAACUAUUUCCACUUAGCUUAACUCUCCCAUUUCUAAUCAACCUAAGCCUUAGAGAUACAGUGUCAUAUAAUAGGUCAAUUCUAAUGAUAUGUAGAAUCAAUAUCAUCAAAUCUUGCAAUAUUACAAAGAGUUAGAAAUCAAUAUGUAAUAAUAAAAAUAAGAAAAUUAUCUUAAAUAUAAUGAAAUACUUUAAAAAAUUGAUAACAUCUCAUAAAUUAUGGUUCAUAAUAUCAAUUAAUUGAAUAUUAAUCAAAAAAACGAAUAUCAAUUAUUGUUAUAAGAGUUGUAAUAAUAACGAUUAGAAAAUUAGAAAAGAUAUGAAUAAUUGUUCUAUAAUAUUGAAUAACAAAAAGAUAAGAACAAUUAUGCCGAAUCAAGAGAAUAACUCAUAUAAUAAUAGCAUAAUAUAAUUGAAUAAUAGAAACAAUAAAUAUGCAAUUAAAAUAAUAUGAUAAUUAGACCACCUUAAUAUGAGGAUAUUCAAGUGGCAUAAUAAUAAUCAAAAUAAUAAACUUAUGCAUCCAAACCCAUUAAUUUAGAACAAAAAUUAUUUCCUUAAGAUAAGUAAAAUUGUUCUCAAGAUUAACUUAAUUACUCUUAAAUUCACAGUAGAUCAAAUAAAUAAUCCUCUCCUUAGAUUUAAAUAUCAAACAAAAAUCAAUCUCAAGAUAAUAAUACUUUUGGUAUUAAUUCUGGUUAGCUUACUCCAUUUAUUUAAAAUUCUCCAUAAUAAUAAAAUCAUUCUCAGACAGAAAAAGAAUUGUAUAAUUCUCCUUCUAAUUAAUAAUUAAUGAAUAAUUAGAUGUCUAAUCAAAUUAUUAAAUAGACUAAAUCUCCAAGGGAAUAAAUAUAUCCGUGCAUUUGUAUAAACAGUCCUAAUAAUACAAGUAGAGAUAAUUCAAUGUAACAUUAAAAAAAGUAAAUAUUUGAAAAACCUAUAUUUGAAUAAGUUAAUAAUAAACCAAUAUUUCAUCAAAAUUCUCCAAUUAAUAAUUAUGAUAAUCAAAAAACAUAAUAAUAAAACCAUGAUUAAUAAUAAAUGUAAUAUUAUCAAGUUUAAUAACCAUUUCAUUCAGAUGAAAGCAUAAUAAUUGAUGAAUCCAAGAAUUCCUCUGAAUUAUUGUCACAAUUAAAAACAGAAUAUGGAACUAAUAGUUUAACAUAGAAUUCCUCUUUUUAGCUAAUUGCUAAAUAAUUACAAUUAAAUUAUUGUUACUAAUGUGAUUAAUAUAUUUAACUCUAAUUUUCUGAUAAACAUCUUUAAGAGUGCAAUUCUUAAAGACCUCAAAGAAGAUAGAAUGAUAGCUAUUUAGAUUAAUACAUAGCCUACAAAGGAGAUGAUCAUUUCUUAAUUGAAACUUUAGAAGUUAAAACCAAAAGAAUUUGUCAAGAAAUUUUUAUAAUUAAAUAAAUGAUGCAAUUAGCUCAAUUAUAGAAGCUAGUGAAAUAAGAAUAAAUUUAAUUAAGAGAAUUUUGCUAAAUAGCAAUUAUAAUACUUGAUAAGUUGUUAUCAAAUCCUAAUUCCUCUUAAUUAAUUAAAUUUUAUCAACAUACUGAAUAAAUAUUUAACGUGGUUUAUUUGGCACCAUAAAUAUUUUAUAAGCAACAAGCUAAAUUAUUGCAAAAAUGCUUAGAUCGUAUAAAAGAAUUAUAUUAGCUAUAUAAAAAAUGA